CCAGCUACAAAUCCUUCUCCUCUUCUUAUACCCUUGCUUCCCACAAACCCUAGCCGCCAGAUACCCGUGCAGCCCUCCUCCCCGCCGCUUUCUUCUCCCGCUCGCCGCCUCCGCCUCCGCCAACCUCCUGGGCUGAUCCCCGCGCCUUGAACCAAGAUGUAUCUCCAGUACUACAUCAACGAGAAGGGCGUCAAGGUGUACACCACAAAGAAGGAAUCCCCUCUCGGUGUGCCGACGCAGUCUGCCCACCCAGCUCGUUUCUCCCCGGAUGACAAGUAUGCCCGUCAGCGUUACCUGUUGAAGAAGAGGUUUGGAUUGCUGCCAACCCAACAGCCAGCACAAAAGUACUGAAGCACUGGAUGGGUCCUCCUAAGAGAUCUGUUUUCUUUGCUGAAUGCCGUUUGGAGUGUAGAUUAGCUAUGUGAAGAGAGAAUCAUCACUGCUACUUAUCUUGCUUGUUAUCGCAGUAUCUCUAAAUGUAAUGUUAUGCUACCGAUGGGUCGUACUCUUUUGUACCAUGUGCUCUCUGUGUGACUAAAUCAUUUGGGAUCUACCUUGCCCUGAAGUUUGAACUACUACUUUUGCAUUAUUAGUUACUGAAAUGAGAA